GUGUCCAUUAUAUUACUAUCGGUGCUCGUUAAUAUAAUUGUGUGUAGAGAUUUUUAUGUUGGCAUGUUUAAACGUAAUGAUUUCCUGGUGGCACAAGACAGACUUUACAAAGAAAGAGAGUACAACAGCAAGGUUACUGCAAAAUAUGGAAGGAUUUUUGAAUGUUUGAUAACGUACUGCCGAGUAGUCGACCGUCUUGGUAUAGGCCGAGGUCCUUCUGUGGAAAUAUUACGUGGUGGUCUUCGCAAAAAAUACAUAGUGCUACGUCUAGUCUCUAUCUAUAAUUACCCUAUAUCCGUCAAUAUAUAUAUUGGCUGUGAAAACAAAAUGGCGAGAGAAAUAACAUUAUCAACUGCAACGGAUAAUAAAGUAACUGUUAAUAGUGAAAACGUUACAGCCACUACAGAAAUUACAGGCAUAUCUAAAAAUGUAUCUGAAGACGCAAAAGAUAAGACUGUUAGGAAUAACGCUACUAUCAGUAGUUCAAUAGUUGAUAAUAAUAGUACGAGUGGUAAUAAUACAAACUAA